AUGGCCAGGUACAGCCACCAGAGCCUCCUGGACUGGCUCUACGGAGGCGUGGACCCCAGCUUUGAAGGCAACGGGGGCCCCGACUGUGCCGCGUUCCUCUCGUGGAAGCAGCGGCUUUUGGAGAGCGGGGCCUUCCUGGCCCUGGCCGUGCUGGAGAUCUUAGUGGCCCUAUGGCAUCUCCUGUGGAAGCCGAGGGAGGAUGGGGGAGCCCGAGGCGCCUGCCCCCGCCUCCCGCCUCCGCCUCCUCCGGCCAAAGAGAGCCUCUUCAAGAACCUGCUCCUCGUGGCCCUGUGCCUGACCUUCGGCGUGGAGGUGGGCUUCAAAUUCGCCACCAAGACCGUCAUCUACCUGCUCAACCCCUGCCACCUGGUCACCAUGAUGCACAUCUUCCUCCUUGCCUGUCCUCCCUGUCCGGGUGUUGCGGUCAUCUUCAGGCUACAAAUGCACAUGUUGAAUGGGGCUCUACUUGCACUGCUUUUUCCUGUGGUGAACACUCGCCUGCUGCCCUUGGAAUUGGAAGUUUACUAUGUUCAACACAUCAUGCUCUAUGUGGUGCCUGUCUAUCUGCUGUGGAAAGGAGGUGUCUACACUCCUGAGCCACUCUCCAAUUUCUGGUGGGCCCUCCUGGCAACUGGCCUGAUGUUCUUCUAUCACUUCAGCAUCUUACAAUUCCUGGGCCUGGCCACCGAAGUGAAUCUGAACAACAUGCUGUGCCCAGCCAUUUCUGAUCCGUUCUACGGCCCCUGGUACCGCAUCUGGGCCUCAGGCCACCAGACCCUGAUGACCAUGACCCAUGGCAAGCUGAUCAUUCUGCUUGCCUCCACUGCCAGGCCCAUGUUCAAGUACCUGCUGGAUUUGCUCCGCCUUCCAACCAAGAAAAUUGACUGAAGAGUCUGCUCUCUUGACUUGGAGAACACUCCUUUCUUGAUGACAUCAGGAAGGGGGGGUUGUGUGUGUGGUGUUUAUUUCUCUUCCUGUCCCCCUGCCCUCCCCCAUGGCCCAUUUCUCUUUCUCCCCCCCUCCUGGUGGCCUUACCUAGGGAGGUGGCAGCUGAUCUCUCUUCUCUUCAUGCAGGUGCUUUAGUGACAGCUCUUUGAGGAAGGAAGGUGCUACAGCAGCAAAACCAUGAGAACAUGUUUCCACUGCCAGGGACGCCUAGGCCUGUCCGUCCUCUUCUGUUAGCACAGCCCCCAUGAUGGGCCCAUACCUCACUUGUGUACCAGCAAUGAGCCCGGGGGGAGUGAGGGGGGGGUUGAGUUCCCUAAAUCACAGCCAAAGUAGGCACCGGGCUAGCCUGGGACCACCAAUUCUGAAUUCUAAAUUUCUGGUGGGGGGUGGGGGGUGGGCCACUGGGAUUAUGAGAGGACAGAAUUGGGUUUUUUAUUUGGGGGGGGCAUGUUUAGGGAACAGUAUAAUACUAGGCAAAUCAUUUCUCCAGGAUUCAGUUAUUCUCUGUAAAAUUAAGGGAUUGGACCAGAAUGCCUUUGAGGUCCCUUCUGGGUCUAAAUCUAUGAUUUUAUGGUUCUAUGUGGGACCCUGGGCAAGUCACUUCCUGUUCUUGGGUCUGUUUCCUCCUUUGAAAUAUGAGGGGGUGGGGGAGGUUACCCUCUGAGUUCCCUUCCAGCUUUAGAGUGAGCAUCCCAUGAUCUAUAAGUAAUAGGUGGGAAAGCCCCUCCUCACCCCUCCCAUUGCCAUAAGGAUGGAGAACUCUAUGUAAACACUGACUGGAAAUAAGCCACGGAAUCUAAAGAGUUCAAGGGAUCAUGGGAUUCUAGAGGUGCCUACCAGUAGAGGGCUUUUGUUUUAAACAAGUGAAUAUUCCAAGGAAGAUUCCGCUCUCUUGGGAUGCCUUGAUUAUUUAAGAGGCUGGUGCAUUCCAAGGUCCAGCAGGGGGCGUUAGACUUGGGGUCUGGGUUUCAGUCCUGUCUCAGAUAUUUCUUAGCUGAAGGGGUCCCCGGAAAAGUCAUUUCAUCUCUGUUUCCUUAUUUCAAAAAUGGGAAUCUUUAUAGCACUACCUCCCGGUAGUGCUUAGGAGCCUAGAAUGUGAGAAUAUAGGGAAAGUACUAUAGAAACAUGUGCUAUUAUUAUUCUCCAUAAUUUGGCUAGCAUUAAGAGCAAGAUGCCUACUCAGAUGUCCAGGGCUUUUUCAAGGUGAAGCUCUUCCUGGCGGUGUUUCCUGGGGCCAUAUCCCUUGUCAUUGGCUAACUUGGUGAUGAGUGGUUGGUUUCCUGGGAGCUUAAGCUUGUUUUGCACCAUCCACACACUCCCAUGAGACCAUGGUUGAUAUGAGCUGACAGAAGAGGAAACCUCCAUCAAUUGUGUGUGGUCCCAAGCCUCGGAGCUCGGCCACAGAUGUAUCUCAGGAAAGAAGGUUGUGAUUGAACAUUCUGUGACUCCCCAUUGAUCCAUAAUGAUUUACUUAGUAAAGGGGGAAGACCCUUGAAGGAGUUUCUCCUGAUAAGCCAUCCUUCAGGGCAUCCUCUGUAGCCUAUCAUUGUUCUACUAUGUUUACCGUUGUAGGUAUUAAUGAGAGAGAAAGCAUUAAUGGAGGGAAAGCUGGCAUGUGUCUUAAGCACAUCCUUCUAGGCAGAGAGAGCACUUUUAUUGCAGACAAAAUGCAUUUUGGGUAAGCACCCAUUGCUCCUUCAGGCAGCUGAGGUCUUGGAUGCUUCUCCAUGUCCCUCAUCAUAUCUCCCCCAGCUUUCUUGACAGUGCCAAGAUAAUUCCCUCAUCCUUGUGGCUGAGUUUCCACAUGCCAUUUGAUGGUCCUUGCUCAUCAACAUGUGGGGAAAGUUUGUCUAGGUGGAAAGAGAAAGGUUUCCUUUUUCCUUCUAAACAGUCAGGACCAAGGCCAAGAACCCCAGGGUUGUUAGCCAGAGUUGGUGACCUAUAAGGAGCUCACGGCUGAGCCGGGGCAGUGCGUGAUCCUUUGUACAGGGAGUCAUGGACAGGUUCGUGCAGGUCAACAAUCAUCCUCCCCUCCUCACCUUGCACCCUGUGCAGCUGGGUGGACCAGGGACCUUGGUGGAACUGGGUCCUCCGACCAGACAAUGGUAUUUCAUUUGUUGUAGCCAAAAAUCAAGGUUUUACUUACCUCUGAUGGUUGGUAAUCUGGGACUCUUCACCGUGAUUAGGGUGAUCCACAGUCAGCCCCGCACUGGAAGUGAGCUGGUUUGCUCACUUGGGGGCCUCUUCUCCCUGUCUCCUGCCCCACCCCCACCCCCACCUCUGGCAAUUCCACAAGAGGGGCUUGUGUUUCCCUUUAAGACUUGGAGGUGUUCAGAUUGUUUUUUCUCAAAGGAAGUGAAGGGAUGGUAGUGUUGCAUGGUGUUAGGUUGACCCGGGCAGAAACCCCCAACUCUGAUAUACAAUGGCUGAAAGACUCUGGGUCAGUCACUUCUCUCUGUGCUCCAAGACUUGUAAGUUGGUCUGGGGAGCACCAAAUGGGAAUCGAUCCCUGGGAGGAAGGGUGCUAGAUUGGGGGUCAGAAGGCCCAGGUUCAAACCCAGGCUUUGCCACUUUGUGUGACCCAAGGCAAGGACUCCUCAGUGCCCAAGCCAUGCUCCAGAGUGGGUGGUGAGGUGAAUGGGCUUUCCUCCCCUGGAAAUCACAGGUGGAUUCGUGGCCCAAACCAAAUCGGGUAUGGGCCACAAAACCAGAAGGCAGGAAGGUGCCUGGUAAAUGAGGAGAAUAAGCCUGGCCCUGGUGGGUCAGGGUAUAACACUCUUGCCAACUGCAGGCUCUGAAGCUCAAGGCCCCAGACAGGAAGGUAACUCCCUCUCCCUAUUGGCUCUUCUUGGCAGUGAUACGGUCCCGCACACAGGCAUGCUGCUCAUGGCUCAGCUGGGGUCACCACAGACCAAGCUCUUCAGAAAAUGCUUGCUUCCUGUUUUGUUCUGUCUCCCCAUUGCCCUGCUUUCCUUUGCUGAAUAUGAGAACAAGCAGGGUAACUAAUGGGUGCAGGAAAAACCUGCCAACUCCUUCCCUGUCUAUCCCAGAGGCGCCCGACAGCCUCAGCCAGACGGCAGCACUCCCAGUAUUCCCUAACCUGCAGGACAAGCGAACAGCAUUGACCCCAUUGGGCUGGCCCUCUGUGACUCCCUCCAGCCCUUCCUUUACCCACCUUUCGGAACUUCAGUUGUUGUUGCUAUCGGUGUUGUUGUCGUUCUUGUUUUCGUAAAAGUGUUUUCUCAAGUUUUGUAACCUUUGGACCCCGCUCAGGUCAUUCUUUUGGAGUCAUUAGACUUGUAGCCUUGGCUAUUUCUGUUUCUGAAGCUCCCUGAGUGAGGUGGGGCCUUCACUAGGGGACCUAUUGUGCAAAUGUUUUGUAGGGUGACAUCAUUAAAAAGAUUUAUGAGGA